UUUUCAAUCCAUACCUCUCAGUUUUGUUCUCUCUACAGGCAACACUCUCUUUCUCUUAGCCAGCCAUGGCGACUGAACAAGAACUGUCUUCACGUGCAACCCAUAUGCAAUACUUCACGGACGACGAUUCUGAUGACGAAAUGGUUAACCAAGAAGACGAAGAUGAAGAAGAAGAAGGAGACGAUUCAUCACAUAAUGAGAAUUCUUGCAAGAGUAUGUUCUCCGUGUGCGGCCGUGGAGCUCGAGGAACCCGACGAGGUUGGUCUCUGGGUCAAGUUUUGGACCCGAGAGCCAAAUGGGUUCAAGAAUGGAAUAGGGUUUUUCUCCUCGUUUGUGCCACGGGACUUUUCGUCGACCCUCUCUUCUUCUACGCUCUCUCAAUAAGUGACACAUGUAUGUGCCUCUUCCUCGACGGGUGGUUCGCCAUCACCGUCACGGCUCUCCGCUGCAUGACCGACGUCUUACACUUAUGGAACAUGUGGUUGCAGCUCAAGAUGGCCAAGCGAACCUACGGUGUUGGUGCUGCUGCCACCACCUCCUCCACGACAAUACAGCGGCAGAAUUCACGCUCGGUGGCUCUCCGUUACUUGAAAGCUAAAAAAGGCUUCAUCUUUGAUCUAUUCGUUAUUCUCCCUCUCCCUCAGGUUGCGCUGUGGGUGGCGAUCCCGGCGUUGCUGGAGAAAGGAUCGAUAACUACGGUGAUGACAGUGUUCUUGAUAAUGUUUCUGUUUCAAUAUCUUCCCAAGAUUUACCACUCGGUGUGCCUCCUGCGCCGCAUGCAGAAUCUUUCUGGCUACAUUUUCGGCACAAUCUGGUGGGGGAUUGUGCUCAACAUGAUAGCUUAUUUUGUAGCAUCACACGCAGCAGGAGCAUGUUGGUAUUUGCUAGGACUUCAGAGAUCUGCAAAAUGCUUGACAGAUCAAUGUAGAAUAACAAAUGGCUGUGACCUGAGAUUACUGAGAUGCAAGAAUUCUAUCUACUAUGGCACAACUUCAAACAUGGUGAGAGAUAAAGCAAGACUGACCUGGGCAGAGAACGGAAAAGCAAGAUUUAAAUGCAUAGACAGCCCUAAUAACUAUGACUAUGGAGCUUAUAAAUGGACUGUUCAACUUGUCACCAAUGAUAGCCGCCUGGAGAAAAUAUUGUUUCCCAUUUUUUGGGGCCUCAUGACUCUUAGCACUUUCGGCAACCUGGAGAGCACCACAGAAUGGUUGGAAGUUGUUUUCAACAUUAUUGUUCUUACCAGUGGACUUCUUCUAGUGACCAUGUUGAUCGGAAAUAUCAAGGUGUUCUUGCAUGCAACAACAUCAAAGAAACAAGCGAUGCACUUGAAGAUGAGGAAUAUAGAAUGGUGGAUGAGGAAGAGGCACUUGCCGCAGGGGUUCCGGCAGCGAGUCCGCAACUAUGAACGGCAACGCUGGGCCGCCAUGCGCGGCGUUGAUGAAUGUGAGAUGAUCAGCAAUCUCCCUGUGGGCCUUAGAAGAGACAUUAAGUACCACCUCUGCUUGGACUUAGUCAAACAGGUACCAUUGUUCCAACAUAUGGAUGAUCUAGUCCUAGAGAAUAUUUGUGAUCGAGUGAAGUCCCUCAUAUUCACAAAAGGAGAAAUCAUAACAAGAGAGGGUGACCCAGUUCAGAGAAUGUUAUUUGUGUUGAGGGGGCAUCUUCAGAGUAGCCAAAAUUUGCAUAAUAAUAUCAAGAGUUGCUGCAUGUUAGGCCCUGGAAACUUCAGUGGCGAUGAGCUUUUGUCAUGGUGCCUGAAAAGGCCUUUCAUUGAACGGCUUCCGCCAUCGUCAUCGACUCUGGUGACCCUGGAAACGACAGAGGCAUUCGGCCUGGAAGCUGAGGAUGUAAAAUAUGUAACGCAGCAUUUCAGGUACACAUUUGUCAAUGAAAGAGUGAAGAGAAGUGCGAGAUAUUACUCUCCAGGAUGGAGGACCUGGGCCGCGGUGGCAAUUCAGCUGGCUUGGAGGCGGUACAAGCACCGUUUAACGCUCACUUCAUUGUCGUUUAUACGGCCUCGGAGACCUGUGUCUAGGUGCUCAUCUUUGGGGGAGGAUAGACUCAGGCUUUAUACAGCUUUGUUGACUUCACCAAAGCCAAAUCAAGAUGAUUUUGACUUCUAAAACUUAAGGGAAAUCAUGUAUGGACUUGGGAAGUAAUUUAGUUCUCUUUCUUAUCCAUUAGGCAAUAAAUUUCUCCUCCAUCAAUGAUCCAAAA